GUUCCAUAUCUAUAAAUACCAACAUUUCCACCCUCAAAAUGAGUUCCUGUCCUCUACAAUAAGAAAACUUCAACACAAUCUUCCAAAACGCUACACAAAGCCUUGAUCACAAGUUUAGUACUUCGUUACAAAACUCACUAAUACUACUGUUGCUACUACUGCUGCUUCUGCUAUUGUUUCACUUUGUUUCUUAUUACAAGAAUAUUUGGAUCCAAGUUUCGGAGCCAUGGUGAAGACGGAAAAGAAAAUGGAGCAAAACCCAUUGAAGCCAACGCCAUUGACGAUUGGGAAGAAGAAGUACAAGGGUGUAAGAAUGAGAACCUGGGGCUCUUGGGUCUCUGAAAUAAGGGCACCUAAUCAGAAGACCAGAAUAUGGUUAGGCUCCUAUUCAACGGCUGAGGCUGCAGCUAGAGCAUACGACGCCGCUUUGUUGUGCCUCAAAGGAUCUUCCGCCAAUCUCAACUUCCCUCUCAGUAGUACUACUAUCUCUUCUCAUCAGAACAUGAUCCCAAACGAUGUCGUUUUGUCCCCAAAGUCCAUCCAGAGAGUCGCCGCAGCUGCUGCCAAUACGACAACGACGACUUUCGUUAACGACAUUAUUAGUAUCAAUACCGCUACUGCCACCGCUGCUCCUGCUGCCACUACUACUGCUACUACAACUGCCGCCACUUCUUCAUCUCCGUCGCCGUCUUCGUCGUCUUCAUCGGCGGUCUCAUCUCCGUUUGAUCUGGUUGAUGAUGAAGCUUCUUUGAGGGGUUCAUUUGGUUCCCACAUCGAUAUGACUAAUUAUGAUUAUCAUCAGCAACAGCAGGGUGGUGUUAUUUCUCAUAUCGAUCAAUCAAUGGCUAUGAUGGAAUCUUGGUACAACUUCGACGGUCUACAAUCGCCAAACAUUGAUCAGAUGCUUUACAAUGGGUGUACAAGCUUGUUUGAUCCACAAUUUAUGGAAGAUCAAUAUGAAGAAAGCGACAUUCCUUUGUGGAGCUUCUGCUGAUCGAUCAAGAAACACAAAAUUUUAUUCAUCAAGAUUUAUAUAUAUAUAUAUAUUCCAUUAUUCUUUAUAAUAUAUAUUCCAUAUUCAUUUUCAUUGACGAUCUUUAUCUUGCUUAAAGAUUUUACUGACAGUGACACCCCAAAAAAAAUCAUAUAUAUGUUAUUUAGUCCAAGUAUAAUUACCAUAAUUAGGAAAAUUCACUCUUUGAGAUGAGACAUUGAUUUUUUUGGACUCUCUCAUGUGGGUUUAAUUUAUAUAUCAAAUAUAUGUAAGAUUUUUGUUUUUUUUUAAAAAAAAAUAUAUAUAUUUUGUUUAUUGAAUGAUUAUAA